AGAGAGAGAGAGAGAAAGAGAGAGAGAGAGACAGUGUUACGCUUCCCGAUGCUGUUCUCUCUCCUCCCUUCCCCUGUUUCUACUCCUGCAACUCCCUCGAAGUUCAGCGCAUUCAUUGCCUCCGAACUGCAAGGCUAAAGCUGCUUCCUUUGUUAAAACUGAAACAACUCAUUAAUCACUCUCAUCUCUCUCUGUCUCUCUCUCUCUCUCUCUCUGCUUCCAUCCUCUCAGUUUAGAUAUGGGUGCAAGAAGCAAUGAAGCUUUUUCUCCAUCUGAGGAGAAGGAGAAGAGGCAAAGUUGGGGGCUUGAAGCUCUUCUCGGAGAGGAGAUAGAAAGUAGGGAGCAUGGUGGUGUGAAUUCGAAGCUCUGUGUGAGAGGCCAUUGGAGACCUGCAGAAGAUGCUAGGCUUAAGGAGCUUGUUGCUCAGUAUGGCCCUCAAAACUGGAAUCUCAUUGCAGAGAAGCUUGAUGGAAGAUCAGGCAAGAGCUGCAGAUUAAGAUGGUUUAACCAGUUGGAUCCAAGAAUAAACAGAAAGGCCUUCACUGAGGAGGAAGAAGAAAGGCUUCUCUCAGCUCACAAGUUCUAUGGCAACAAAUGGGCGCUCAUCUGCAGACUGUUUCCAGGAAGAACUGAUAAUGCUGUAAAGAAUCAGUGGCAUGUGAUAAUGGCGAGAAGACAGAGAGAGAAUUCUGAUGCUCAUAAAAGGAGAAAGUCUUCAUCUUCUUCUUUCGUCUCCUCUGUAAAAAUGGAGGAGAAGAAUGUUUACAGGGAUGAGUUCAGUAGCUCAAAAAGCUUCCACCUUUCUCUUUUCCUCAACAGUUAUAGAUUUGCAGGACCUUCAUUACUCAUUGGUUGGUCUGAUGGGAAGUCUGAAACUUCAGCAGCAGAAACAGUGACCAGCCAUGACAGAGAGGAGAUGAAGUUGCCCUUCAUUGAUUUCUUAGGUGUUGGAGCAACAUAGGCAAUGAGAAGAAAGUUAUGAGAGGGAAGAGUUUUUUGGGAUAGAAAUUUUAAGAUUUAUGUUCACAAAAGAAUAUAAAUCUUGCAGUAUUAUAAGUGGUGAUAAAAGUUACUUUUUGGAGCUUUUAUAAGGAGUUUUCUUUAAGAUUUCUAUCAAGUUAGGGUUUUUAUUGAACUUCUGAAUGUUUUUAACAAAGAGGUGAAGUUCUUUCUUCAUGUUUUUUAAAGUUCUCUUAUGUUUUUUUGG